GCGUAUUCCUGUUCACACGUGAAGUAGCUCGUGGACGUAAGACAGCAUGGCUGAAAAGGCUGAAGUAAAAUUAGAUCGAGCGCAGGUGAAAAAGGCCGUUCAGGCCUUGCAGGCUUUUCUUAAAACCAAAGCCACCGGAGACAAGCUACUCCUGGACGAGACCCAGAAGAUCAGCCUGCUCUUCACCAUGUGGAAGAUUCCCAAAAAGGCACAGACUUUUCGCAUUCCUUUGCCUCAUGGCCAGAGAUCUGACUCAGAGGAAGUCUGCCUCUUCACAAAAGAUGAGCCCAGAAUGACGUCAGAGCAGACCCAGAGGUUUUAUAAGAAACUUCUGCAGGUGAAGGGCGUCAAAAACAUGCCAGAGAUUAUCCCAUACAAAGUGCUAAAGACGGAAUAUAAGCCCCAUGAAGCCAAAUGUCGCCUGCUGGGAAAAUUCAAUGUGUUUUUGUCUGAUGACCGCGUUCGCCGCCUGCUGCCAUCCCACCUCGGAAAACACUUCUACGAGAGAAACAAAGCUCCGCUGUGUGUGAACCUUCAGAGUAAAACUCUGGCCAGAGACAUCCAGAGACUAGUUCAGGGCACCACUCUGAAAAUGAACAACAGAGGCCCCUGCUGUAUGGCACGUGUGGCCCAUUCAGGCAUGACUGCAGACGAGGUGACCGACAACAUUGAAGCUGCCGUCCAAACGGUGGCGGACAAACUCCAAACGAAAAGACCAGCGAUCAAGGUGAUCCAUUUAAAGAGUGAAACAUCUGUGGCUUUACCCAUCUACACCUCGGACCUGAGCCACCUCAGCGUGCCUCCGACCACAGAAACUGCAAACGAGAAAAAGGUGGAGAAGAACAAGAAGAAGGAUGAUAAACCGUCAGAGGAAAAAAUUAAGCUGAAGAAAAAGAAGAUGGACGAGGAGGAGGAGGAAAUCCCACAACUGGUUCCCAUUGAAACUCCAGCUAAAAAAACUAAACUCGAGAAGUCUUCCAAGAAGCAGACGCGGCAGAAAACACCCAAACCUGUCGUGGCGAAGAGCGGAGUAAAAACUCAAAAGAAACCAGCCAAGAAGACGGUGAAGAUGGCGACGCCAGGGAAAAGAAAAGCUCCUAAAGUGAAAUGAUUCUGCACAGAUUCAUCGUGGACGUUUGACACCGUUCACUGGACCAGACUUUGCAUUUGUCUAUUUGUGCUCAGUGAAAUCUAGUACCAUUAUUAUAAAAUCUAUUCUCCAAAUAGUUUGUCUUUUUUAAGCUCUAGCAAUUUCUCAAUAACAUUUACCAUAUUACAUAAAUGCAGCUGGUGUUUCUGUUUGAACCCUUUCAUAUAUACUGGUCGAUACAGUGGAUAACUGCUUUUAUAGUGCAUGCAGAAGUUAUACUGCAGAUGUACAUGAACCAGUCAAACACUGCCCCCUACUGACCAACUAUGUAAAAGCAACACCCAAUAAAGUUAAAUCGGGUCAUUUGAA